AUGACAAUUCCAAGCAGGAACAUCCAAGACCAGAGUCAUAGACGAUGUGGUUGGCGUCCAAGAGUUUUGUUGUGGCUGAUACUCUUACAAGAAGGGGCGUUCAAGGCAGCCUCCAGUCAAACAGCAGAUAGAUCUACUCAAAACAACUUGGUUCAGUCGGCUUCAUUCCAUCCAGAGAAACCUGGUCUCCAAGAAAAUGAAAAGGAAAAAGAAAAGCAGCAUCAGCCACCAAAGAUUCUGUCGUUUGAUCUUCGCCCCACUUCCGUAUUAGGCCACCAAAGAAGGCGGAGACAGAGAAAAAGACGGCUGCAGCAGUGCAAUAAUAAUAUCAUUAAUAAUACCAACACUUCAGGAUCCAACUGCUCCUUCACUACUCAAGAUUCUAUCAACAACCAACAUGAUAAUGACCAUGAAGAUUGGUGGUUCCAUCCAAAUUCCAAUGCUGUCUAUGCCACUAUACCCAAGCAGGAUGACCCGUCUUUGGACGAGGAAAACGAUCCAUCACUGCAGGAUUUUCAUAGAUAUCGACAUUUGAGUCGCCAUGAACGACAAUUCCGAAUCGAAAAUGGCUUCGAUUUGCAGCCAGAUUGGGAUGGAAUCUAUCAUUUUGCUAAUCACACAGAACAUGAUGAUGAGCAUCAAGCAUCAGAGGGAAAAGAUUGGGAUAACCUGAAUGAUACAUCUACAACUACAACCAAUUUAUCAUCUAUACCGGUACAGGACAACAACAAGCCCACCAGCAACGUGAGCAUCAAAGCAGAAACAACCAGAAUCGACAAUGACAACACGACUAUAGAUGAUAUUGACAGUACUGCAAGAAGACGAAACCUCCGAUCCUCGUCUUCCUCCACAACCCAUUCGGGAGGAACAUUCAACAAUUAUCAGGGAGUUGCGCUCAGUCAGGGCUAUGGUACACACUAUGCCAAUGCAUGGGUUGGAUCUCCCACGCCACAACGAAAAACACUCAUUGUCGACACGGGCAGUCACUACACGGCAUUUCCCUGCACGGGAUGCAGAAAUUGUGGACUCCAGCAUCAUACCGAUCCAUACUACAAUCCAUUGAAGAGCAACACAUUUCAUGUACUCAAAUGUAAUGAAUGUAGGGAAGGAGUCACCUGCCAAGAUGAUCGAUGUGUUUUCAGUCAGAGCUACACCGAAGGUAGUAGUUGGGAAGCAUAUCAAGUACGGGACAAAUUCUAUUGUGGUGGAAAUGAUUUCCUGGGCGCGGUGGAUCCCAAUCAUCAGAAAUAUGCCAUUGACUUUAUGUUUGGUUGUCAGUUGUCGCUGAAUGGCCUCUUCAUUUCACAACUGGCAGAUGGAAUCAUUGGCAUGUCCAUGUAUGACACUACACUCACAAAACAAAUGUACAACAAGGGCAGGCUAGAACACAACAUUUUUGCAUUGUGCUAUAGACGAGAGCUGGGGUCUAGUAAACGAGGUGUCUCGGCGGGAAGCAUGACGUUGGGAGGAGUCUCCAACAGUCUCGAUACGUCUCCUAUGAUCUAUGCCAAAAACAUGGCAACAAUCGGCUUUUACACGGUAUACGUAAAAGGAAUCUACAUUCGAUCUGGUGGAGGGCAAAGUGCUCGUACUCCCUCCCACGGAGACUAUCGCAUUCACAAAGUACCGCUCAAUGUUCACAAGGUCAAUAGUGGCAAAGGUGUCAUUGUGGACUCGGGCACCACUGAUACAUACCUGAACAAAAACAUGGCCAGAAGCUUCAACAAAAUGUGGAAAAAGGUCACUGGAAGAGACUAUGCGCAUUCACCAAUCACCUUGAAUGACGAACAACUACGUAGUCUGCCAACUAUUCUCGUUCAGUGCCAGGCGUACGAUAUGCGAAUGGACCCGUCCUUGAAAGAUCCAGACAGUGUCGUGGGAUACGUUGGAAAGCUGGAUCCGUCCUCUCCCACUGAUCUACUCAUUGCAAUUCCGGCGACAAACUACAUGGAAUUUUCACCCCGAACAAAGCAGUAUGCAAGUCGAGUAUACUUCACAGAGACCAGUGGAGGAGUAUUGGGAUCGAAUACAAUGCAAGGGCACAACGUUGUCUUUGACUGGGAGAACGGCAGAAUCGGAUUUGCAGAGAGCUCAUGUACAUAUGACAGAUCAGAUGCUCCAAAGCAAUCAGAAGAGGGGAGGUACUCAAAUGACUGCUCCUUGGGGACACCCGUGCUGAGUCAAAGAUGUAUCGAGACUGUUGAUGAGCAACUCUGCGACAAUAAUCCCUCGAAUGUCGCUUUGCUUGGAACCGAGACCUGGACGUUGCCUGUAGAACACCCAGGCAUUGAAAGUGGAUUGUCCUGCCUGGAAGCUGUAAGAAAGCAAUCCCCAACAUCUGAACUAGGCCCUUCGUCGAUAUCCUGCAACGGUGAUGGUGUAUGUACCGAACUAAGACCUUGCCAACUAAAAUGCAAUGAGCUCCGUGGUGCCAAGGAUGUAGCUCCCGCCAAGACGACUGGUUCAACUGGCGACGAGGAAGAUAAAUGCAAAGACGCAUUUUGGAGUGCCUGUGACUAUCGCUGUAACCAGACUAAGGUACAGUCCUUGCUCCACACUGACGAACAAUGCCACGAGGUUGCUCGCACCAGCCGCCCAUGUCACAAAGAUGCAUGUGGUAGAUCUGACCCGUGUCGAGUCCCGUUUAUUGUGCACGCAAUCUACGUUUUUCGUGGCGUGACUCCAUCACAAUGGUCGCCAUGGGAAGAGGACAUCUUCGCAGAGGCAUUGACGCGUUCAUUCAACAGCCUUUCCCGUUCGGAUCUGUUCAGGGCCGGCGAUGUGAAGGUGAUGCUUGCCAGGCCGUGGCUCGCAAGUGACGAUAUUGAAUCUGUUUCCAGCAUGGAUGCCGAUGGAUCUGAAGACGACGCCCUGGGGAUCAAAGUCGUGGUUCAGAUUUCAGUUUUCAAUCGCAACGUCAAAAUUCAAUCCAUGGAUAGCUCCAACCAGGCCCCGGCUGAAAAAAGUGCAACCAACCACAUUGGCGAGAUGGUGAAGAAUCUCACGGAUGCACUUCGAAGCAGUCAAGCCUCAGCUUCCACGUGCAAAGACUCGGACCUGUUCGAGCUCGCCAAGAACGCGCGUCUGAUUGCCUAUGGUAUCCCCGAACUACCCAACUUUAUGCAGCAAUUGGUCGGCGACGUCCGGACAGUAGAGACGGAACGAAGUCUUGAUAAUCAAGAGCACGAGUCUGCAUUUACCCCACUUUUGAACGACCAAGACAGUGUCGAUCAGAGCCGGCUGGUCUCGUCGUGGACGAUUCGUACAGAUGUGGACGACGAGAUCAACUACUAUGGUCCACCCGAGCCUCUCUUCUUUACGAUUCUCCGCUACGUCCAUCGAAUCGCGUUGGUCACGUUUUGCUUCUCGCUCUUUGUCUUUAUGUGGGGCGUGUCGGUGCAAUCGAUGGACAUUAUGGUGGUUGCCUACAACAGUGGAAGAUUGUGGCUCCCAGGAGGGAGAAACGGGGAUUCUGAGAUGGAUCAUUUGACCGAUAUUGACGACCAGGUUGAGCACGUGAAGAAUAUCGAUACGAGGAAUGGCUCCUCGAUGCGUCGAAGGUUCAGUAUUGGCCGUCACAAAUCUGAAAGUUUCUUGGGUGACAGUCGACCCGGCGGAUCAUCAACAACGCCAAAGGCUGUCGAAAUGACCAGCCUGAAAGGUUCUGAAACUCGCAACGGUUCCCACAAGAAGCGUCGCAGCAGCGGCACCGACAGCGACCGAAAGCUGAAUCAUCAGCAGUCAACAUAA